CGGCAGCCGCAACGGCACAGAGGAGACCAAGCUGCUCAUCAUGGACUUUGACCUGGACGACACGAAGACAGAGGGCGAGUAAAGCUGCGCCAGAGAGAGACCGGGACGGGAUUUUAGGGUUUAUUUUUGUUGAGAACGUCGUUGGAUUUUGACCAAAGUCCUGGUUGGAGUCAGCUUAUCUCCUGAGAGCAGAAGAAGCUCCGCCUCAUGGACCAUGUUUGAAAAGUGAUGCUGGCAGACAGUUUCUAAUGAUCAACAACUGAUUUGUUUCAUUUGAAGACUUUUCAGGUUCUGAAUGUAUCCUGUUGAAGAAGAAGAACUUCAAAGCCAAACAGGUUUUAGUUUUUGCUGCUGAACCUAGGAGGUGCUGUUGAUGCUGUUUGAACCCACUAAAUCUAAAAAGAAGAAGGUUAACAGCGCCUCCUGGAGUCAACAUGAAGAUUGAAACUUCAUCUUUUGUGGACUUCUGGGGAUGAAAAGGUCGCAGCUGCUGCUCCCAUUUCAGCUGAAAUGGAUGUAAAGUUCAAGUUUUGAACGUUUCAGUGGGGGCGGGACUUAAAGAUUGUUACCGCCCAUCAAAUCCAGGUCAUAUCAUUGAUCAAGUUUGAAGCCAAAGUAAUGCUUUCAUUCAUCCAUCAGUGUGAAGAUAAUGUGGAGAUUCUUCUUGAAAUAUUCAGAAAAGCAACUAUUUUUGUUUCGUAAUGUCUGAAAGUGACAUUUAAAUGUUUUUGUUUAAUUAAUUGACCAAUACUUUCACCAAAAGACAUUUAUUUUGAAUGGGGAGAUGUUUAUUAUUUCAAAUUAAAGCUGAUCAGCUUCCAUCCAUCAGAGGGAACGAAAUCCCUUCCUCAAUCAUUUCUGCUGCUGAAGUUUCGCCUCCGUUCCCACCGUCUAUGAAGUGAAUAGAAAAAGGUAAAUAAUUUAAAACAAUUGCUCUUUGGAGAUAAGCCGAUAAGCUGUUGUUGCCAGGCAACAGCUGGAGCCUGUAAAGCAGCGUUCGGGCAGCAUCUCCCACAGCAACGCGCGGUAUUUCAGGCUGCGGGUUUGACCUUUCAGCCUCUCCGGCGACGUGUAGAUUCUUGUAAAUAACAGGAAGGAUGUACAUAAUUCAAGGUUUUAUAAGAGAAACAGAAAACUAUUGUCCUGUGGAAUAAAGAGAAGAGCUGAAUGGAUGAAUAAAACUGAAUAAAUGAAGAUGAGUUUUGUAAA